CAGGCCUGUGUCACGUUCGGCUUCAUCUUUAUCUCCAAACUCAAGCGACCCAGAUCGAAGGCUUAGGCGACAAAUUGCCAACUGCAAUGAACGCCGUCGUAUGCAAUCCAUCAAUGCUGGUUUCCAAUCGCUGCGAGCGCUGUUGCCGCGAAAGGAAGGUGAGAAACUGUCAAAAGCUGCGAUACUACAACAUACCGCAGACCUCAUCCAGCAGCUUCAGAGUGAGCGUUCACGUUAUCUUGAUAACGAUGAAGCAGGGGGCAAGAAGCCGAAGAUCGAAAGUGAGUCUUCUUUUCACCGUAUCAUAACCGUCGAAGAUUGUGCUGAAUUCGACCAACAACGCUCGAUGAUAGAUAGCCUCCAGAUGGCGUUGGAACGUGAGCGCACCGCUCGUAUGUUCCUCGAACAACAGCUGAAUCAAAUGCGGGAGAUGUACCAGAAUGGAUUGAGCACGGCGGUCACUCCAACCUCUACUAGCCCAAUUCAGCAACGUCAGCAACAGCUACCACAGCAACCGCAGCCGACACCUAUAGUGAACUCUGCGCCGAAAAUCACACCAACUACAAUCAAUGUACAUGAUUCGGUGAUACGACCAACACCGCUAAUAGCUCCGAUU